UCUUUCUCUCAGUCCUCCUUCCUCCGUCAAAGCCGCGUAGGUGGCGUUCAGAUAUCUAAUAAAAAAAUGGCUUUGGGACAAAGGGACUGGAUAUCCUUGUCAUCAAUGUUUGCUGACAAAUAAGUUUUAAUAAGUCUCGUUUAUACUGUCGCGGAUGUCGAACAGAAAGCGCACAUCAAUUAUGACACUUUUAUCACACAAGCUCGCCGGAACUACGAGUAUUCGCGACUGAUAUUUUCCUGGCCGAGGCCCUUGUUGACAAUUCUUCGAAUGAAAAUAUGUUUAGUCCUAUACAAAUAAAACAUGAAUGUACAACUGUAGAGGAUGUAAACGGGAGCAAUAGGAUUAACAGUUCAGAUAGUUCCUUAUAUCCUUUCAUCAAUCAGGAUGUUGAGUAUAAGCACCGUCAGUUGUCUCAGUUUUGGCAGCAGACACAGUUACCGAACGAGAUGCCUGCGAAAAAUGAAAUUCAUGAUCAACAGGUCUUGUUUCAGCAGGCAGAAGAAGCUGGAAGUUUAUCAUAUGUAAAGGAUUAUGUACAAAAUGGCAUAUUCUACCCAAUUGAUCAAGAAGAUGGCAAUAAUCAAGUGCAGACAAAUAACCAGUGCGACCAGAGUACAAGCAAUGCUGUUGUAGUGCAAGAAAACAAACAACUGCCACAAGAUUUGCAAAACACAAGAGAUAUUAGUCAGACAUUAACAGCGCAAUCGCUGACUGCCAUAAAAAGCAAUCGUCUUGGGAGACCAUCCAAAAGUUCAGCAGAAUCUGGUACUGGAAAAAAGUUGAAAUGUCAAUGUGAGAUUUGUUUCAAGGAAUUUGGACACAAAAGCAAUUUAUUUAUACAUAUGAGAACGCAUAAUGGGGAGAGACCGUAUAAAUGCAGUCAAUGUGAAAAGUGUUUUACUCACAGUGGAAACUUGGCUAUACAUAUGAGAACACAUUCUGGUGAACGCCCUUAUGGUUGUCAGAUAUGUGGAAAGAUGUUUAGCCAUAGUGGAAAUCUUUCCACUCAUUUAAGAACUCACUCGGGCGUUAAGCCCUACAAAUGUAAUGUGUGUGGUAAAGAAUUUAGGCACAGUGGUAAUUUGUCGAUUCACGAGAGGAUACAUUCCGGAAUUAAACCAUUUCAAUGUAAAAUUUGUGGAAAGGAGUUUUAUCACAGUGGCAAUUUAACAACUCAUAUGAAGAAACAUCCUGUAAAUACAGAUACAAAUGUAACUGACUGUGAAAACAAUCAAAAGCAUAUACUGCACACUGGUACAGAUGUUAAUAUUACAGCUUCUUCAAAUUAUUUAAAUAAUGUGUCUUUAACGCUCAAUGAUGACAUUAAAUUAAUGCAUAAUACUAGUAAUGUGGUUCCUAUAAAGAAUGAAAGUACAGAAGAUACUGUAUUAAACACUAUGGGGAGAUUAACGUCUACUAGUUGAAGGUAUACAUGAUUAUUAUGCAGGAUGAGUUAUAUAAUUUAUUACAAUAUCAAUUUGAUAUUAUCUACACAAAAAAUGAAAAAAUUCUUGAUGAUGCCUUAAUAAUUGGAAAAUGUGUAUCAUUUGUUACAUAUAAUUUUUUCAAAGAUUUAAAAUUAAUGUUUUAGAAUUUUUUAAGAAAUCUUUUUGAACUAUUAUUAAAGAAUUUUUAAAUAAAUAUUGAUUUGUAACGAGUUAUAUACGACGUCCUGUGCAUUAAGAAUUUAAAAAAUAUUGAGUUUUUAAUAUUUUUUCAUUCAGUGCUCUAUUUGCAAAUAAGUAAUUUUUUAUUGACAAUAAAUAGGCUUUUAUUUUUACACCUUUGUUACAUGAUAGUCUUCCUUAAAUAUAACAUUAUUAUAUAAAAAAUUAUAUUUGUAUAUUGUAUGUAGACUUAUUUAAGAUCAAGCGGUGAUUAUAAUAUGAUUAUAAUGAUCUGUGAUGUUUUUGGGUAAAAUAUGAACAAAGGACAGUAACAAUACUUUCAUAAAAAAAUGCCACUGUUUAUUCAUAUAAAUAAUUAACAUAUACAUUAUUUCUUGUUCAGUUAUUAUUGUUUAUAUAAAUACUUUAUAAUCAAUAAUAUCAGACUUUAGUAGCCCUUGAAUUAAGUAAGUAAAUUAUUGUAAUUAUUAUUUUGAGCAUACAAAGCACAAUAUGUAUAAAAAUAAUAAAAAUAUAAUUUGAAUCUUGUUUUGAGCUCAAUGUGCAAUUUGAUAUCGAAUAAGAGUGAUAAAUUGCCUGUUAAAACUUUUGUUAGCUUUUAUGUUAUAUUUAUUUCUUAUUGUUAUGAAGUUCAUUUCAAUAAAUUAUCUCUACUUUUACAUUAUA